CCGCCUGUCUUUUUGGAGCUGUCUGUUCGCGAAGUGCGAAAAAUAUUUUUUUGUGGAUUUUUAUGUGCUAUUUACUUAAAUAUUGUGAUUUUUUGUUUAUUUACAAUGGAUAAAUGUGGGAUUUGUGAUAAACCUGCAGUUCAACUGUUUGAGACAGGCAACGAUGGUGUGUACGCUUGCUUCAAAUGCCAGCCGCUGGUGCCUGAAGUGACCAUCGACGACAGCGCCACCGAUCCACCCGAUCCUUCCGAGUCACAGAACUCCAACACUGAUGAGGAGAGCAAUGAUAAAUCCCUUUACUGUGGCAUCUGCCACAAGUCGUUCCAGAAGAGCAUGCAGCUGCAGAACCAUAUGCGCAACCACCGUGCGGAGAGGCGGUUUGUUUGUACUUAUUGCAAUAAAGCAUUUUCUCAGUCCAACAACCUUAGGGCGCACCUGCGUAUCCAUACCAACGAGCGGCCUUUCAAAUGCACCGAAUGUGGGAAAGCAUUUACUCAGGUCACGAACCUGAACAACCAUGUUCGACUGCACACCGGCGAGCGGCCAUUUGUGUGCCCGGAACCCGGCUGCAACAAGGCUUAUGCGCAGGUGACGAAUCUGAACCAGCACCGCAAGCGGCAUCUGAACGGGCGGCCCGUGGAAGCCACCUACGACUGCACCGUCUGCGGCGAGCAGUUCCAGCAGAGGAACCACAUGUACACGCACAGACGUGAAGCACACCCUGAAGUUCGAAGCCACGGCCAGCGCUGCGGGAUCUGCGACGCCAUCUUGCCGAGCGAGCGUCUGUUGAGGCUCCAUGUGGCGCAGCAUACGCUCGCCGCGCCCGUGCACGACGCCGACCAGGACUCAAAAGCUUCAGAGGAGGAGGAGGCGGGCACGAUGACGUGCGUGUUCUCGUCGUGCGGCGCCGUGAUGCGGUCGGCGCGCGAGCACACCGAGCACCUGCUGCGCGCGCACCAGCUGCGCGUGCUCGCCGCGCCCGCCCGCCCGCCCGCCCGCCGCGGCCGCCCGCCCAAGCAGGCGCCGGUCAGUACACUGCGGCAGGCGCUCGGCCGCGAGCACACCGAGCACCUGCUGCGCGCGCACCAGCUGCGCGUGCUCGCCGCGCCCGCCCGCCCGCCCGCCCGCCGCGGCCGCCCGCCCAAGCAGGCGCCGGCGCUGAAAGAUCCAUUAGACCUGACAGACUUCAAUGAAAUAAAAAUAAUAAGGAGUAGCUCGCAGAACACAUACAUCCCCAAGUUGAAAGUGCAAAGUUUGUUCCAGUGAGCCCGGGCCGCCCGGCGCCGGGCGUACUAGUGUGCACGUAAGAGUUAUAGAUGACCCACGCUGAACUGUCCCACCAAACUCAAUGACAGGGGGGCGCUACCAUCGUUCAACUAUAUGGUUUCCAAAAUGGCAAUAAUCGGAACCAGCGAUCCGGUAUUGACGGUGGCGCCCCACUGUCAAUGUCAUGGAUAGGACAGUUCAGUGUCUUAGAACUAUAAUAUGAAUAUUUCCAAUAUGGCGCCGAACAAACAAGCCGAUGUUAUGCUCGUAUAGAUUUACACACUUUAUUCCAUUUAACAGUAAUGCUUUUAGAUCAUCCGUACUGUGACGUUUUCCUGCGUUUCUACAUUUGAAGGACUUGGUUUAAUAAUGUUGCGAUAUCUUACGAAAAACAUAGUUACGUACGGAAUUGAAUAACAAAAUGAUAGAAUACCAGUGCCCCGUAUGUAAAGGGAAUGGAAGUUUUACAUAAAUGAACAUUUCAUUAUAAAAUUUAUCAACAGCCAUAUUAAAAAACAGCACCAUUAUGUACCUAAUCACAUAAAAUGUAGUACAUGAUAACACCUGUAUUAUGAGACGUUUUUUCAAUCCAAAUACCACACUAUGACGUCACUUCACUUUCAUAUUGUAAUGAAAUUGUUUUAAUUGUCAUGUACUAUACGAAAAUACAGCAACAUAAAUUGUAAUUUGUAUUACAAACAUAUUUUUACACAGUACGAUAAUGUAGGGUCCCCAUAUUAAUAAUGACAUUAACAAAAAAUCUAAUAAAAUGAACUUAAAAUCACUGUUUUGUACUUAAGCACAAAAAUAAUCCAAAAACUGAAAGAAAACAAAGUAUUUAAAAUUGAAAUUAUUAUUGAUCUCUCAAGAAUUGGUUCAAAAAUAUUGUCUGAUUAAUUUAUUAUUUACAGAGAUAUUCAAAAUCAAAAUAAUAUUCUUGCCAAUGAUGUGAUUUGCACACUUGGCAUAAUAAAUAUCUAAUACUUUUACUUAAUAUUCUUGCAAAUAUUGUUAGUUUUAGAAUAAUAUGACGAUAAAAUAAGUCUAAAGAUCAUAAUGGAUAUAUUUUUUACCUGUAAAUGAGAUUGGCGGUAAAUAUUGCUUUGUAUAAAUGGAUGUGUGAGUGCGUAGUUUGUGUGUUUAAGUUUUUUGUUAGGAUGCAUAAAGUGUAAAGUAAAGAAUAACAAGCAAUUUGAGCGCAAUUGGUGUGAUGUUGGGAGAAAAAAGAAAUGACGCUAACGUAUUAAUGAUACAGUACACACGAUAGCACAUCAAGUUUAACAUUGGUAUUUAAGCAGUUGUGAUAGGAGCUAUUUUGCAACAAAAAUGAUAGUUUGAUGUGCUGUCGUCCGUACAUUGUUAUUUGCUAUAACAUAGUGUUCAUUGGUAGGUCCAUAGCGCAUUAUGAUUAAGAAAAUACCCUUUUAAAUUAAUUGUCGACCUUAUAAGUGAUUAUUCGUGAACAUAAUUCAUCGGGCUGGUACCCUUAUAAUAUAAUCGAUGGGUCAUGGUUUGGUUCAAGCCUGCAAUAAACAAACUAGGAACUGCCACAAAGCGAUUUCUUUACCACUGCGUAGAUUGAACUUUGUGGUUAAAAAUACGGUUGAAAGAGAACCCAUAAACACAUGGUCGUUAAGCUAGGUUAACGUGGUCGUAUAAUAAAUAAAAUUUGUAAGAAUACCAUCUCCUAAUAUUUUUUGUAUUACAAACAUAAACUAUGUAGUGUUCUCUUUUCUUUUCUAUCCAACGAAAGAGAAAAGAAACACGAUGUAGAUCUGUGAUAGUACAAAUUUUAUUAGAUAGAAGCGGGUCCAGUGACUUCAAUAGAUAAGUUGGGAUUUUAUCAGAAAGCAAUAUACUUUAGGCAUUAGAUUUGGUCUUUCGUGUCUACUAUUGCAUUUGAAUGUGCAAGCGAGAGGUGACUUCUUGCUUUCUCUAUGAGUAUGUGUGAGUGAGAGGGAAGUAGUCACAUUAAAAAGUUUUUCCAACGAGUGAAUGCAAGCACACACAAAAUUUAAUUGUUAAAUGCGCUGCACAAAUUGUAAAAGACGUAUUUUCUCACGCUAUCAAUAUAAUAAUUCGUACACGGAUUGUAAAUUUUAUAAAAUAGAUCAUGUUAUAAGUUAUAAGUUAUAGCGUUACGUAAGUGAUAUUAGUAAGUGCAAUUUCUUUUUAAAUAAAGUAGUAUUUUAAGGUGGUUGUAAAAGUAUCCAUUUGCACAACACUCUUUAAAACAGGAUUAGAAUACUCUGCAUUCAAAACAUUAUUAUUUAAAUGUCUGUUUGUUUACAAUGAAAGAGAAAUGUUGAAGAAGGUUGUGCAGUUGGACCUAAGAAUAUUUUUAAUAACACAAAAUCAUGUUUCAGGAAGAUUAAUAGCGAUUACUCAUACUUAACAUCUUUCAAUACAGAUUAUUUUAUUAUUAUUACUUUAAAUGAAAUAAUCUAGCACUAUUUUUCUUAGGAUAUAGUCUUAUGAGUACGCGUAGUCGUGGUUAAUCGAAAAAUACAACACAAGGUCUUCCCAUAACCCGGUUAUAUUAUACAAAAAUAGAACUCAAAAUGAAUA